AUGUCGAAGCAGCACGAUGUCAACGAUGAUCUGAUCCGUUUCUUCGGGUACAAUGUGGAGGACGAUGCUCAGUGCCUGGAGGGCGACUUCGAGGCAGGAAUCAACAACCAUAACGCCAGCCGGGAAACCGUUAAUUGGGAUAUCGGGUUCUUUGCACGGGACCAACAUGUUAAGUUGAAGCCCGGCCCUUUCCUGGAGUUUGUACGGCAUGUCGGCACGCUGAUGCUCGAUGUGCAAAAGUUCAGGGAUGCGCGAGAUGCCGGCAACCUGCAUGCCUAUGCCGUACCUGAGGGCCUGAUGUACGGCAACUUGGGCAUUAAAAAACUCGACGAGUACCGCGCCACGAAACACCCUCAUGUCAUCCCGUUCUAG